AUGUCGACCGCCAUUCCACAAGUCCCUCCUCGUCCUACUAGGACCACACAGCAAGACCAGUCUGCUGGAAGUGGCAGCUCUCUUGGCAGCGACCUUCCCAAAAUACCUCCACGCCCGGCUCAUCGACGUGUUGACCGCUCCAUCUCGCCCGCCAGAGAGAGCUUUGCUCGAUCCCCUCUCAACGAAACCCCCUUCCUCGCAAACCACGGCAACCACAGCAAGUCGUCUUUACAAUCCAGCGAGAGCCUCUCUGUGUCAGAUCUACCUCGCCGUCCACCCAGCGUCACCCUGCCAUCCCUUGGGCAGGAGGGAAACGAAUAUGCCGAAUUCUCAAAUCCCUCCGAGGAACAACUGGGAUCAUCUCCUACACAAACUCGCAAUAUAGCCAAUGAUCUCAAGCUACAUGCUCCGAAACCAUCUCUGCCAGUUUCCAGCGCCAAGGCCAGAGUUUCGACAGUUACUCGUACGGAUUCUGGUCAGGCUGCGGCAUACGGCAUUGGCAAGCCCUCAGGAGAUGAUAAGGAGCCUCACACAAGAUCAUUGAAGGCAAAGGCGAGUUUUGCUAGUCAAACUUCCGUUGGUGGCACCGAACGCCCUCCUUCGAGCGCUGAGAGCGACCAUGGCAUUCCUGAGAUUGGACAACGUGUGCCAAUGUAUCCGAAUGCUGGUGAUGUGCAAGCUCCAUCGCCUGCGCCAUUUGCUCAGCCAUUUGCUCCUGGCAUUGGGUUCCAUAACGAUGGGUCGAAACCCAGACAUCAUGGCCGAAAAACUAGCUCGCGUGGUCAUGAUAUUCCACCCGAUGCAUAUGGUCGUUACGGACACGGAGUCAUCCCCCACGAUCGAUUCGAGAAGGCAUACUACGAAAAGCAUCCAGAACUUUUCAAGAAGGAGCUUGGACAAUACGGAGAAGGCAGACCAGAGUGGGCCAUGAGCAGUGAUGAUCUGAACAAGAUUGUUCGAGAUACCGCCAGCCGUGGAGCUGGAUCUGGCUCACAUAACCUCAUUGGAACUCCUUCCGAACAAGUCGGAUUUCAAGCUAGCGAGGAAUAUGCCUCGAGAAUGUCCUCUCCUCGCCCACAAUCUGGGUAUCAUGUUUCGCACUCGAAUAUUUCGGAUACACACGUGGAUUCGCCAUUGAGGAAGGAAUCCUCUGCUGCAGAAUCAUCAAACAAGGCUGAGUUUGAGAAGACUCUUUCCAGGAGUCUCCAAGCUCCUUCGGAUACAACUCUAGAGAGUGAAGCCGAGGAUGAUGUAAUUCAUGUGGACAACCCGGGACGCCGUUCAAGCAGAAUCUACGGCGCAGAUUAUGCAGAAUCCACGGAAGAGCUUGAGCGGCAAAUAAGCCACGGCGUCGACGAUGAAUACAGCGCUCCCAUUCUUGCAUCAGACGAGGUUGCUAAAGAGCCAUUUGGGUAUAAUCUUGAGCCUGCAGUAUCGCCCUUGAACGAACGCAGGGGCUACGAAGAUGGUGCUUUCCAUUACAGAUCUGGAAGCGCGUCGAGCGCCAACAACAGCAGACCUUCAAGUCGACCUGGGAGUAUUCACGGAGUUAUGCCCGGUCUUCGCUUACCUGGUGCUCAUCUCGAAGAUCUGGAUGAAUAUGAACCUUUGUUCCCCGAAGAGGAGAAAAGUGCUGCAGGCAAAGAGAAGCCUUUGACUGCUGCUGAUAGACUUAAGCGCCCGGAGCUUAAAAAUCGCAAGUUUCCAUCGCAAGAUAUCUGGGAGGAUACACCCAAUAGCUUACAAUAUACCGCUACUGUCUCGACGCCUCAAUUACCUGAAGAGGAAGAAGCAGAAUCAAAAGAUAGCCCAGAGGAAGUAAACUCGGCCCAUGCAUUUGCCAGGAGACAGGAAGAACUCGCGGAGAGAGAGUCCAGACCUCAAGACAGUUUCUUGCAUCAGGAGAAGAAGCCAUGGGCUCACAAGCCUCAUCUCGCGGCUGAGACCAGACCAAAUCCGAAGCAACGCUUUCCUUCUCGAGAUAUCUGGGAGGACACUCCUGAUAGUUUGCAACUGCAAACUACUGUCGCUAGCCCCCAGGUAGAAGACAAGGAUAUCACGAGCCCACCAGACGAGCAACCAGUAACAUCACCAGUCAACAUCGCUGCGGUCGCGAAGCCUCAGAUCCCAGCCCGUCCAAAUAAAUCCAAGUUGUCCGAAUCGCCAGAAACGGCGCAGCCAGCCAUUCCAGAAAGGCCUCGUCCCAAACAAGUGGAUGCAACUUCGCCCCCAGUUCCCGUGAAGGCAAAGCCCCAUGUACCCGCCAGACCUGCGAAGCCAAUCACUCGAGAGUCCACAGAAAAUGUCCCUCUCACCACCACUCCGUCAAACUCAUCAGCCAAAUCUGUGGGUUCGGAUCAAGGAGCUGCUGCAGCCGCUAAGCCUAAGCCACCUGUCCCUUCCAGACCUCUAGGAAGCAAGAUUGCCGCUUUGCAAGGAGGUUUUAUGGCCGAUUUGAAUAAGCGUUUGCAGCUUGGCGCUCAAGCACCCAAGAAGGAGGAGCCUGCACCGGAGGAGGAAGAAGUUAAAGAGAAGGCUCCUCUUGUUGAUGCCCGCAAGGGCAGAGCACGUGGUCCCGCUCGUAGAGCACCGGCAAAGAGCCCAGCUCCUGCGGCGGCCGUCUCAGAAACAACCAGCACUCUAGCUUUCUCCAUGCCAGCCACUUUAUGGCAGAUUGACCCGGACGAAGACUAUGUUUUUGUUGCCUCCUACGAGGAGCCUGCUGUUUCAGGUUCCUUAGAUACUAAAGCCGCCGAGUCGGAAACACCAACGCUAGCGACGAACACCGCUGGUAUUCCUGUCCACGAGCCAGCUGAAAUCGCUCCAGAGGCAGAGAAUGCCUCGGCUCCACAAUCCGCCAUUGAGGACUAUCAUGCCUCGCAAGCAGAGGAGACUGAGAAGGCCCUCUUGAUUGCACAAGCCAAGGAGAGUAGCAGCGAAGUCCAGCCUGUGAAGGGUAGUGAUGAGCCACCUGUUGUGCAGGAGAGCGAGACGAAGGCGCCUUUGGCGGCACCGGAGGAUGAGGACUUGUCUGCUUCAACAGCUACGUUGAAGCCGAGUGAGAAGGAGGGUCUAGAAAAGGAGCCUGUGAAGGAGAUUGUAGAGUAA